UCAGAGAGAGAGGUGCGAAGCGGGUUGCGUCUCGUCGCCAAGCUUUGCCAGACUUUUAACAUUUCCUUCCACACUACCUCGAAGAUAUCCACAAUACGAGACAUUUCUACGAGUGACGGAGCAACAGACGCAGCUACUACCUCAGCCUCCCUCAAACGAUGUCCAACCAGCGUACUUGGGACGUGUUACUGCGGUUGUGGACUGUGGCGCUCCUGGGAGCGGAGUACGCUCAUUCAUCCAGAGUACCUCCACCCAACCCCCUGGAACCUCUCCUGGCGCACGCCCGCGACCUCCUCGCCCACGCCCGCGACCUCCACCCACCCGCCCGCGACCUCCACCCACCCGCCUACCGGGUCUUCUACCAGACCGGGGAGUCUGAGGAGGACCUGCCGGAGUGCUCGCCCUGGACCGUCUGCAACAAGGUCGACAUCUACGACUCCCCGAGGGUGGAGCGACAGUGCCGCUGCCCUCGAGGUCCACCUUGUAGUGCCGCCCUCGACCCGUCUGAUGGCCACACCGUCACUGACAAGACCAGGCACUUCAAG